AAUAUAAUUUUUGAAAAAAAUAUAUAAAUUUUUUCUCUAUAAAAAUAAAUUAUAUUUUAUCAGUAACUAACAUAUAUGAGUUCAGCUGUCCAACAACCUCUCUCAGAUAUCCAGAAACUAAAAGAAUUCACUGCAAAUAAAAUUCCACGGAAAACCCAAUUAGUCUCCAAAUUCUGGACCCCUAAUUAUCCUGAAAAAAGCAAGCUUGAUGAUGCAACUCGCUUUAACAGCUCACAUUUCCGUGUGACUUUUUACCAAGACUACCCUAAAAGAGAUGGGACUCCUAUGAAAGUUAAUCCAGAAAAGCAGCAAGCUCCUUAUAGAAGAAGUUUGUCGCCAAAGGUCAGCUAUGUAAAGUCAUUAUUGAGAAAAAGCUCAGUGGGAGGAGGGGAAGAGAUAAAUAAAGAAUUAUUUAGUAGAGCUCUAGAGGCAAAUUUAAGAACAAUGGAGAAGCCAAAGAUGCUGAAGCAUAAAGCAGGGAUAAGCCAUUAUGUGUUAAAUGAUUUUCAUAUAAGAGAGACUAACCCUGGGUUUGCAAGAAAUGAGCUUGGGAGAAUUUAUAAUCAUUAA